AGUGUCAGUCUCUGUUAAUAAAUUUAGUAGUGUUAUUUUAUUAUGAGUCGAGAAUAAUUGAUAAAGUUUAUAAACGUGACCGGUGAAUUUUAGACAUUGAUUGAAAUAUUCAAAAAAUGGCGAAGACUAAAAUCAAUCAAGGUAUAUCUAAAGUACUGUUCAAACAAAAGCAAUCGCUCGGCGUAAAGACGUCCAACCCGUUUGAAAUUCAAACGAAGAAGUCCAAGUUUAGCAUCCUCAAUCGAGACAAAUGGCAAGACGGCCAAUUUUGUGCACCGGGAAUUCAUCGAGCUCAGGCUAUAGAAAAGCGGAAGAAAACAAUCAGCAAUGAUUUUUUAAUGAAGAACAAAUCUAAUAGAUUUGUUGAUCACCGCAAACAAGGUCAACCUCUUUCAUCAAGGCGAAAGCAAUUGUACUGCUUGAACGAUUCUAUUAAACUUACUCAUAGGGGUCAUACAUUAGAAGAAAUAGAGCACCUUGACGAGCCGGUAGAUAACGAUGAUAUGUCGGAUGAAGAAGGUGGACAGUUGAAUGAUGAAUUUGUAGAAGCUGUCAAUUUUGGUGGAGGAGAGCAUGACGAUCGAUCCAAAGACAGAAAAACGGCGAUAGAGGAAAUAAUAGCGGAAUCAAAACGGAGAAAGGUUGAAAAGCAGCGUGAGAAUGAUGAAGUUUAUCAAUUGACUCAAAAGUUGGACCAAAGCUGGCACGGACUGAUUUCGGUAGUUGGUGGUUUUGCGAAAAGCUCAACUGAAAGACCAAAACUAGAAGACUAUGACAGAGUCAUGCGUGAAAUGAUCUUUGAACGCAGAGGUAAGCCGGCAGACAAAUUAAAAUCAGAAGCAGAGCUAGCACUAAUUGAGCGACAGAAAUUAGAAAAGUUGGAGCGUGAAAAAUUGCUCAGAAUGAAAGUAACGGAAAACAAUCUUGCACCAAAACAUCGAUCAGCAGAUGAUUUAGAUGAUGACUAUUCCUUUUUAUCGAUAGCGAAUCAGAACAACGAUACCAUAAGUAAUACUGAUACACAAGGAAUAGAAGGGUGUAAUGACCCCCACAUACUGAUUUUUGAAGAUGAAGAUCGAAAUAUGCUAAAUGAAUUCGAAAAAGUUAAUAACGAAGAAAGUAGUAGUGAAUUCCAAAACGAGGAUAGUAGUGGUUCCGGUAGUGAGGGUGAUAGUUUUUUAGAUAUGAAGGAAGAUUUAAAAAAUAUCGUAGAAACCGUAAAAAUAGUGAAAAGCAAAAAACCAUCAAAUCUGCAGCAGAUCGAUAACAAUUCUGACAGCUCGGUUUCUAAAAUUGUAACAUCCCAAGAUAAGAUGGGCGAUAUACCCUUAACUUUCGAGCUACCGCAAAAAUAUGAAGAGUUUUUUAAAUUAUUACACUGUCGUACCGCUUACGAACAUACUAUCAUCCUAAAGCGGAUGCUUAACUCUAACAGUUAUAUCUACAAAAGCAAGCCGAAAACAAUGUCACUCUUUGCUUUUGUCAUUCAGUACAUAAACGAUCUUUUUCACGAUUCUCAAUUGGAAUCAAUUUCAAGUUGCUUUGAAAUAGUAGAGCAUUUCACACCACAUGUGUACGAUUUGAUGCAACAUCAUCCAGCAGAAACUGCUCAAUUGUUUUUGGAUGUCUUAAAGGAAAAGCAAGAAGAGUUCCGCAAACGCCCGCGGCAAUAUCCUUCCCUCGAAACAAUGAUCUUUAUAAAGCUAAUUCCAGUUCUUUUCUCGGAAUCUGACUUUCGUCAUCCAGUUGUUUCGCCAGCUCUAGUGUUUGCAAGUGAAAUUCUUGCACGGUGCUUGAUUUGUUCUAGAAGAGAUGUUACGCUGGGAUUAUUUCUUAUUACAACCGUGUUAGAAUGUGUAGAGCAAACAAAGCGCAUGUUACCUGCUGCUAUCAACUUUUUGAAUGGAGUCAUUUAUAUGUGCUCACCUAAACGUAUUGUUGAAACGAUAGCAAUUAUACCACCAUUUAAAUCAUCGGCGCCUUGGAAUAGUUUACUCGCGAUUGAUGAAAAAUCAGAUGUCGGAAUUGAAUUGCAACUUCGCUCAGAAGAUUUCCUGCUUGAUUAUAUUGAUGAGGAGUUCAAACUUAGAGCAUUGUAUUGCUCGUUGAGAAUGAUCAACGAUAUUUGUAAAAAUCAAAUUGGCUUACCUGGAUCACCCUACAUCAGCGAAAAUUUUCUCUUGAAUCUUAACAGAAUCGAUAUUUUGUCGUUACCAACUCAGAUAGAUACUGUAUUAAAAGAAACCGUUGCACUCGCAAAGUCCUUGAAGGCUAAAUCAUUAAUGCGUUUGGUCGCUCCAGAACAAAAACCUAAGCAGCUACGUUUGCUAGAGCCAAAAAUUGAACGAAUUUAUGAUGAUAUUCGUCGGCGAUCAUUACCUAAACCUACUAUUAAAGAACAACACAAAAAAUUGCAGAAAAAGGUGAAACAAGAAGCACGAGCAGCUACACGAGAAAUUCGCCAGGACAAUGAAUUUAUAGCCAAAUUACAAUUCAGGCUACGAGAGACCAGUGAUCGCAAACGACGGGAGAAAGUUAAAAGGAUAUUUUCAGAUGCAACAUUACAGCAAGGAGAACUAAACUCGUUUGACCGUAAGUUAAAGUACAAAAAAUGAGCAAGACUGCUUGAAAUAUAACUGUAAAUGAAC